AUGAAAUCCAAGCAGCAGACAAAACCCUACAAGCGCAUAAAUCAGAAGCGUGUGGCAGAUGAUAAUAAUCUCAGGGAUAUGCACGCUCUCCAGAAGGAGCUGAGCGAGAAGACUGAGCUGUUCGACGAGCUGCCUAUCUCCCAGCAGACCAAGAAGGGGAUGAAGCGCAAUGGAUUCGUUAAGAUGACGGAAAUCCAAGCAGCGACAACGCAUUUGGCGCUCAAAGGCAAGGAUCUCGUCGGUUCAGCGCGCACCGGCAGUGGUAAGACGCUCAGCUAUCUCCUGCCGAUGCUCGAGCUGUUGUACAAGGAAAAGUGGUCGAGCACUGAUGGACUAGGUGCUCUCGUCGUAGCCCCAACGCGUGAGCUUGCGCUGCAAAUAUUCAAGGUUCUCCACGCUAUAGGCACCAAUCACACUUUCUCUGCUGGUCUGCUCAUUGGAGGGAAGAACGUUGCGCAGGAGAAGACGCGACUGAAUAAGAUGAACAUUCUCAUCGCCACCCCUGGUCGUCUCCUACAACAUAUGGACGAAACUUACGGUUUUAGCGCCGAUAACCUCAAGAUGCUGAUCCUAGAUGAAGCUGAUCGUAUACUUGAUUUGGGAUUCGCUAAGACGGUUCACGCGAUCAUUGACCAGCUACCACCAACGCAUACGCGUCAGAAUUUGCUAUUCUCGGCUACUAUAUCCGCAUCAGUCGCCUCACUUGCCAAGAUGAGUCUCAAUGAUCCAGCUUAUGUCGAGCUGAAAAACACGGAUAAUGGGGAAGAUCCGACACCAAAGAAUUUGGCGCAAUUCUAUUCACUCGUUCCUCUCCACCGCAAACUGGAUGUUUUAUUCGGGUUCGUGAAGAGUCACAAACAGAACAAAGUGCUCGUAUUCGCUAGCUCAUGUAAGCAAGUACGACACAUAUAUGAGACGUUCUCGCACCUGCGUCCUGGUAUAAGUUUGAUGCAGCUGCACGGUAAAUUGAAGCAAGCGAAACGGCACGCGACUCUUGCGCAGUUCAGUCGAGCUUCGCAUGCGGUGUUGUUUGCGACGGAUAUCGCAGCGCGUGGGUUGGACAUACCUGCAGUGGACUGGGUGGUACAACUCGAUGCGCCUGAAGAUGCAGACACUUAUAUACACCGUGUCGGACGCACAGCACGUUACAACAGCAAGGGAUGUGCGCUGAUGCUAGUCGAGCCUGCUGAGAAAGCAUUGUUAAAGAGACUCGAAGAAAAACACAUUACGCCAAAAGGAACUAAGAUUAAGGAGAAACUUAUGCAACCUAUUGGGAAUGCGUUACAAGCACAUGCUUUCCAAGAUACUGAAAUCAAAUACCUCGCUCAGAAGGCUUUCGUUAGCUAUGUCCGCUCACUGCAUCUCAUGAAGGAUAAAGAGGUCUUUGAUGUUACGCGCUACCCACUCAGCGAAUACGCGGGUAGUCUCGGUCUGCCUGGUGUGCCCAAGGUUAAGUUCAUGGCGGCGGAGAAAGCAAGAGCGAGAGCGGAGGAUAAGAAGGAGGUGAGUGAGAGUGAGCAAGAGCAGGAGCAGAAUCAGGAAAGUGGAGAUGAUAGUGAGGAUACUGAUUUAGCGAAACAAACGCAAAAGGAAUCACAAAGUAAACCUGGGGUGCGCACCAAGUAUGACAAACUUUUCGAGCGUAAGAACCAAGGACAGCUAUCGGAGCACUACAAUGCACUUGUAGACAGGAAUAGAGAGGGAGAGGGAGAGUCGGAUGAGGAGCUGAUGACAAUCACUCGUCGCGAUCACGAGCUGGAGAGCGGUGGUAGCGAUGGAGAGGAAGAUGACGCUGCGGGUAACCUCUCAAAACGGAAACUUAGAGCGGGUCAGUCGAAGAAGGCGAUCGCAGGGAAGAGCGAGCCUGGUCAUAAAUUGCGCUUCGACGAGGACGGACAAGCGCAUGAACUGUACGAAUUACAGAAAGGGGAAGAUGUCGACGUCGAUAAUGAGAAGAAGCGGUUUAUCGAUGAACAAAAUAAACAGCUCAAAUUGGCUGACGUUGAGAAUAAGAGAGUUGCAAAGGAGAAACGUGAUGAAAAGAAGCGUAAGAGGAAGGAUAGGGAGGUUGAGGGCGACGACAGCGAUGAUGCAGCUGAAGCUGUUAUUGGAGAUGGCGAGGAUGAUGGUUAUGUGUCACCGGAGUUCGAUUUGGGUGAUGAGGAUGAGAUUGAGGGUGAGAGUGGUAGUGAUGGUGAAAGCAACGACAAAGAAUCGAGCCAGAAGAAGCAGAAGAAGGAAAGUGAGACACGAGAUAUAGAUGACGAUGAGGAGUACGCUUUGUCAUUGCUAAGAAAUUAG